AUGGCCAUUUUGGACCAUGGCGGAGUGACCAAGCUAAUAGCCCAACCCAGCGGCAGAAGUGCGUUUCAGGUUCGUGGCAACCCCAGGAGCUCCGCCUUUCACAUCUGCCUGCCACACCACUACUGCCCGUGCCAGUCAUUCUUCUAUGACGCAGUGUCUCGCGGCGAACAACUCAUGUGCAAGCAUUUACUCGCCACUCGGCUAGCUGAGUCACUCAAGUGUUACAACGUGGCACAUGUCAGCGAUGGUGCUCUGUGCUUGGCCCUGUCACAGAUGUAA